AUGGAUGUGUGGAAUCAAGGCCCUACAGUUUUUCAAAAAAGCUCCAAUAAUGUAGGUGAUUUUAAAAGCUUGGUGGAGAAGUUCAAUGCUUCUUCCAACCAGGAUUUGUUGGCCUUAUUCUCUAUGACAGCUAAAGCUGCACAGGGUGAGCCUAAGAACAGGACCCAGCACUUCCAAGAUCAAUUCUCUAUAUGGAUUCCUCCUCCUAUGAGUACCAUCAAAAUAAAUUGGGAUGCAGCCUUGAGUGCAGCUAAAAACAGAACUGGAAUUGGUCUGGUGGCUCGAAAUCAUCAGGGCUCCAUUGUGUCAACAAAGAAGCUGUCAUUAGUUGGUGUAUUGGAUCCCCUCCUAACUGAAGCUCUUGGUGGCCUUCAUGCCGUGGUAUUAGCAAAGGAAAGAGGGUGGCAAUCAAUCAUAGUGGAAGGUGACUCUCAAACUGUAAUCCAUAGCCUUCAAAAACACACUGAAAGAUGGGAUAGUGUAGGUAUGAUAUUACAGGACAUUAGAAUUUUAUUGGCUGAGUUUGAUAAAUGUACAGUGAGUUUUGUAAGAAGAAGUGGCAACAAUGUUGCUCACUGUCUAGCCAAGGAAUCUCUUGAGUUGGUUGAGGAUGUGGUUGAAUUGCACGUCAGUCCAGUUUUGUAA